AACUCCCACAGAUAUUUGCAGAGCGGACGCAGACGUGCGGAGUCCCCAUGGAGAAACACCUCAAGCACUCUCUUCCACGCAACUCUCGCACUCUCCCUUUUCGCCUUCUUCCUGUCCAUGUACAUAUACAUAUCCUGUUCCGUUCCUCACUGUUACUCUCCUCACCUUCUCCCUCGUUUUCAUUUAACUUUUUUGUUUUUCAUUCGCUUCACUUUCCUGCUACUGGAUCGCUGAGUUUGUAGUUAAUGGCGUUAUGUGGAAUUGGAUUCAAACCGGGAUCGGAAGGUCUCGAAUUAGUGUAUUUGAGUGGAAAUUCGUCGAAAAAACGGAUUGCAUCAGCUCGAACACAUUUGAGCAGCACUUAUCGAUGGAGAACGCGUUGGGAAGUAAGGUGUUCGAAGGAGCAAGCUGCCUUUCCGUCAGAAUCAAAAGGGAACGUGCAAACGGCUGGAUCUAUCUCCAUGGAGGAAGAAUUGGGAGCUGUUAUGAAGUUUAAAAUGUCUGAUUUUACGAUCUGUGAUUGCGUCAGUAUUGGGCUUGGUGGUAGGGCAGAUGAGGUGGUUCUCGAAGCAAUAGUGAAGGAUUCUCGUAGCCCAUUGUAUAACAAGAAAGUUGUGCUUCGACGACUUACUAGCUCUCAAGCCCAGCGUAGAGGGAGGAGAGCCAUAGAGGUACUCAAAAAGUUAGCCCGUCGCAGGCUUAUGUAUCAUUCAUACUCAAUGCAAGUCUAUGGCUAUGUUUCUCCAUCCACUACUGGUGACCACAGCUCAUUUACGCUGGUUCAUGGGAACAGAGAAAUCAAGGCUGCCUACAUUAUGACCCUCCCCAGACCCCACAGUGAAGGUAUCUUCGUGCACUGGUAUCAUGGUAGUUAUUCUCUGAGACAUUGGCUUCAACUAUCGGACUGGCUUCCAACUUUGGAAGCUACUUUGGCAUUGGAUGAGGAAAGUGUUAGAAAGGUGGGGGACGACACUAUUGGUGGACCUGCUAUUUCUCGACAGUUGAGGCUUACGCGGAUUUUAAUGAGGGACCUCUUAAUUGGAGUGAAUUACUUGCACAGCAAUGGACUUGCCCAUACUGAGCUAAGGCUAGAGAACAUACAUAUCAGCCCGGUGGAUAGGCAUAUUAAAGUGGGGAUUCUAGGAAAUGCUGCUGAUUUUUAUGACAAUACUCCAAAUAAUAGUGCCAUGGAUGGUAAUAUGGAAAGGCGACAGAUGAUGAUUGCAUUUGACAUGAGAUGUGUGGGUUUUAUGAUGGCAAAGAUGGUGCUGCGGGAGCUGAUGGACCCUUUGAUAUUCAUGAAGUUCAAAUCUUUCCUCACUAAGGGAAACAACCCAUCAUGCUUGCGUGAAUUUCUAUUGCCAAUUCUUUGUAAGGGUUUCCCUUCUGGAAAUGCUGGAUUGCAAAUACUUGAUAGGAACUGGGGGGCAGGUUGGCAUCUUCUAUCCUUGUUGCUUGCGACAAAGCCUUCUGAGCGAUUAAGUUGUUUAGAUUGCUUGAGGCACCCUUUCUUGUGUGGACCAAGAUGGCGUGUAGAUGCAUCUAUGGACAUAAUCAGAUGGGGUCUAGGUUCAACUGCUGUUCGAAUUACAGAGGAAUACAUCUAUGUCCGGCAUCAGCGUAACAGGAUUGCUUACUUCAUUGAAUUGAUGGAGAUGUUGAAUCCUUACCCAAAGACUAAGAACUGGUUGAAGUUCCUACCAGGAAGAUGGCGUAUGUUGUACAGUACAGGUAGGCAUAUAGGGUUGACUCUUCGCCAGCCUUCUUCCAGAGUCCUCAUUGGCGAUGUUCACCUUACUGUUACACGAACUUCGAAUUUGACAACUACCCUCUCUAUCUCCUCUGACAUUUGCUUCAUGGUUAUUAAUGGGCGGGAUUGGCCCCAUGACAAGACUGGGAUAGCUGGGAGAUUGCAAGUGGGCUCGUUAGCCGGAUUAACUGCUGGCAGGCGACUAUACCUUAAGGAAGAGAAGGCCAGCGGCUCCAGCUCAUCUAAGGCUCAAGAGUCAUCAGCUCGAAAAUUGCCCAGUAGAAAGUGGAGGAGGGCAAGCCUAGUAAAGGAGCUUCCAUCGAGCCUUCCAGUGGCCAAUCUUGGCCCAGGUGAGGUCGAGAUGACAAUGAACCUUGAUGAUCCAUCACUACAGGAGGUUAAUGUUGCGACCAAUGUACUUCGUGAGGUCCAGUUGCAGGCCCCACCGGAAAUGUUUGAUUUGUCAAGGAUUGUAUGUGGAACCUAUGUGGACUCUAGGCUUCUGGUUCUUCGUGGGGUGAAUGGAUCCGCCUUGCUUUUCACUAGAUCAUGUGUAUGAGGGGGAAGUUGUAGAUGCAAUUCUUUAUGACAAUUAUUACCUGCUUUAUCAUUUCUUUGUACUGUCAAGGUCACAUAGGAGGAAAGGAAAAUAUUGAUGGUUCAUGUCUUGAUGUAAUUGUGCAGAGCUAAUUAGAUGGUUAAUGCAAAUUUUAUAUUUAUCA